AUGACAAUGGCUGCUCAGCCUACUUCCCCCUUCCAGCCAUUCUACACCCCUUUUAGGAAACGUAGAGCUCUUUCUCCUCCAUCUCUGGAUACAUCGGAAUACCAGACACGGAAAGACACCAACGAUUCAGACCUAAAGUAUGCCUCCCCCUUCACCGAUCCAUCGCAUAGGGAUAAACGCAGAAGACCAAAUCUUGCAAAUGGCUUUCAGGGACUUUCGAUCUCGGUGGAUCAAUCGGCCAGUAACCUCAACGAUGAUCUCCCCAGAAAUGGCUUAGAUGAUGAUGAAGGUAUAGGUCUACAGAAGAACAGAGAUAACGAUGUGACGGUUGAGGUAUUACCGGAUAAAGCAACGCGAUCCACUAAUCAUCGUCACCAUCACCAUUCCAAUACACAUCACUGGUCGAUACCGAGUCGAGCCGGUCCUUCUUCACCAUCAUCGUCCUCUACUUCACCCACAACAUCAAGCGAAGAGGAUUACCACCCCUUUCAACGUCAUCGAAGGUACGCUGGUGUCGCUCAACAAGCUGACGAGAUCGUCCAACCGGAUCAAGUGGAAGCAGGCUCCGAUCUAUCUGUGGAAGAUGUAACGGUGGUCUCUCCUAGGAAUGGCAGGAAAAGGAGAGAUGAUGAGAUAGGUAUGGAUCGGGUCACGAAUACGCGGAACAAAAGGGCCAGGACGGGGGAUGAUUUUGAUGUUGAGAUGAAUGCGGAAGAAGACAUGGAGGAAAUCGGGAACAGCGAUCACGACAAGAGGAGAAGGAGGAAGACCGAGUGGCAUGAGCCAGAGAAAGAUCGUAUCAUUAUAACUUCACUCUCAGAUGCAAGCUCAUCUCGAGAAUCCUCACGAUCUGCUUCACCCGAACCUACGGCCGAUGACGUUCGAAAUCUUUCUCAACCUGGCAUGCGAGGAUUCACCAUCUCCCCAUCACUUCUCACUCACUUAUUGAAAUCUCAGCGCGAUCAAUUGAGUGGUCGCAAAGUCUCACCAACUUCCAACUCUCUUAUUCUUUAUCGCCCUCUUGGCAUUCCCCCAGGUGAGUGGAAUGAUGACAUAGUCAAGGCUUGGAAGCCAGAUGAAGAAUACGUGGACUCGGGUAGAUUUGAGAUGUUGGAUGAUGAUGAGGUUUUCGAUAAGGUAACACCCAGUGAUAAUGGAGACACACAUAUGGACAUCGAUGGUGAUGUAGAAAUGGCGUAG